AUCCCAGCUGUACCUUUGGGGAUUACAUGCCUCUGUUUUUGGAUUCUACUCCUCUAAAUCAGGAAAGAAAAACUGCAUUUGUUGGUAGUCAAUUUGAGUUCAACAUCACUGCAUAUGCAUCAAAGUUUUUGGUUUCUGAAAUAGUGGUUACUGGCCCACUGAAUCUGAACAAAUCAUUCCAGUUUGAUACCAUGACAGAAAUUGGUACUGCAACUGUAAUGUGGACUCCAUCUGAAAAUGACGUGGGCAACUAUAUACCAUUUUGUUUUACGGCUUGGACUAUGGAACAGUAACAGUCUGAGAUGAGAUGCAUAUUUGUAAAUGUAGUGCCUAAGACGCCCGAUGUGAGUAACAUGACGACUAUGACACCCAGCAACAUCGAAGCUAACAUUGAGUGCACUGAGACGACGAUGAGCCUGUUUGUGCUGAAGUCUUCGGUCCCGGGCCUUAAUGAACAUAACUCGCGCCUUAAUGAUCCCACGUGCACCGUGACAUCUAAUUCAAGCCAUCUGAUUGCCAGCUUGUCUUUGAACUCCUGUGGCACACAAAUUCAGGAUAAUGGCACUGCCAUAAUUUUCCAAAAUGAAAUUUCAACUUUUGAUUAUCCUAAUCAAAUUAUAAGCAGAGCAAACCAGGUGGAGAUUCCCUUCAGUUGUGCUUAUCCAAAUACGGGUCAAGCGUCUGCUUCAUUUAGCCCUCACAAGUCCAACUACAAAUUCUAUGAAGCCGGCUUUGGGACCUUCACCUUUUUGUUUGAGUUUUAUGACAGCAGCGACUUCACAAGCAUCAUCGACCCCAGCGAGUACCCACUUAAGGUGGAACUCAGGCAGAUGUUGUACAUGGGCAUCAGUGUGAAGUCAUCGCUGGAGAACAUCAAGCUGUUUGUCGACACAUGCCGGAGUACGCCUCAUGAUGACCCCAAUGACUCCAUCUAUUAUGACAUCAUUUCAAAUGGGUAAAUCACAUUUACAUGUUUAAAA